AUGGAUGAGCUGUGCAAGAAAUAUAUGGCUAAGAUAGAUGCCCUUGUUCAUAGGCAAGUAGCUUUGUUGAAAAAUCUUAAGACUCAAGUAAGGCAAUUAGCUAAUGUUUUCAACAAUAGGCCUCUCAAGAGACCCUAUAGAGUAAUAUUGGACCUAAUCCUAAAAGGAAGGCAAGGAACCUUGUAUGAUAGUAAACCUUCAGAGUGGAAAAAAGUGAAUAGUGUCACUUAUGCUGUGUUUGAUGAGAAUUAUCCCUAUGACCCUUUAGAGGCAUCAUUAGUUGUUAACUAUGAAAGGGAUGAAGUUGAUUUUGUGGAAUAUGUGAACUUUUUCGAUGCAUCAUCUCAUGUAUUGAGGACACCAUUUGAAUCUUUGGAUUUUUCUACUUCAUCUUCACCAAUAAAGCCAUCCAUUGAGGAACCUCCAACAACGGAUAGACAUUUGAGUUUAGUGCGUACCAAAGAAGGUGGGAUAACAAUGAUAGCCAACUCCAACAAUAAGUUCAUUCCCUUGAGAAUAGUGACUAAAUGGAGAGUAUGCAUGGACUAUCAGAAGGUCAACAAAGCCAUAAGGAAGGAUCAUUUUGCUCUGCCAUUUAUUGAUCAGAUGUUGGAUAAAUUAUUUGGUAAGGAGUUUCAGUGUAUCUUGGAUAGAUAUUCUAGGUACAAUCAAAUAGCAAUAGCUCCUAGUGAUCAAGAAAGGACUACCUUUACAUGCCCUUAUGAUGUGGAUGAGCAUUACCUUAAGGUGUUUAUGGAUGAUACCUUUAUUUUUGGUAAUAAUUUUGAUGAUUGUCUUUUAAAACUUGCUAGGGUCCUUCAAAGGUGUGAAGAGUCUUACCUAGUGCUGAAUAAGGAGAAAUGUCACUUCAUGGUCCAAUUAGGCAUUGCUCUUGGCCACAAGGUUUUGAAUAGAGGCUUAAAGGUGGACAAGGCUAAGAUUGAGACAAUUGAAACGCUUCCACCACCAACUUCAAUGAAAGUUAUUGUGUACACUGAUCAAUCUAUAAUUAAGUAUUUGAUUGCCAAAGAAAAUGCCAAGCCAAGAUUGAUUAGAUGGAUCCUCUUGCUUCAAGAAUUUUAUUUGGAGAUUAAAGAUAGGAAAGGCAUAAAAAAUCAAGUAGCACACCAUCUGUCAGGUUUGGAGAAUGAUAACCAAGCUAAUGAUUUAACUUUGAUUAAUGAAACUUUUCUUGAUGAGCAAUUGUUGCAUGUUGGUCAAAAGAAGUUACCUUGGUAUGCUAAAGUGUCAACAAGUGGCAAUAUUUCAAAGAGGCAUAAGAUGCCACUUGCUAAUAUCUUUGAAAUGAAAAUCUUUUAUGUUGAGGGCAUAGACUUCAUGGGGCCUUUCAUUUCUUCCUUCAACAAUCGUUAUAUCCUGUGUCCUGCCUUUAAUGGUGAUCCACACAGUGAUUUGCCGAAAUCUCUUCACUAA